CUGUGUUGCUUCUGCAAAAACAAAUUUUUACAGGUUGGUUCAUACAACGAUAUAGUAGGACCACUGUUUCGGCAGCCAUACGAUGAUCGUACGCUAGGCGUAGUAGUUGUAACGACGCCAUCAUUCUUUGAAAUCACAUUCAAACGUUGGCUGGUCCUGAAGAAACGCUCUGAAGAAAGUCUGGAUGAAUUUGCCUCUAAAUUUUCAUCCGGUCCUAUCGAAUCAUUCUUUACAGAAAAGUUCGCACACGUACAGCAGGUGCAAAUGCAGUUUCUUGUUUUCGAGCCACUAAAAAUUAAUUUGAUACGUGACAACGAUCUCUUACCAAAUCGGCGGCCAAAAAUAUUGAUGACAACGUGUGGACAUGUUUCUGGUGCAGCGUUCUUAUACCACCCUCCAGAGGCGGCACUCGCUUCUGUCCGCACUUCAGCGACAAAGAAAAGUCACCGAGUAGGUGUGUGCUUACAUCCAAAGUACGGUGGCCACUUUGCAUUUCGUGGAGCAUUGAUAUUUCCGGAAAUCUUUGUAGCGGAAACUUUCGAAGAAAAACGAGCACCGAUGCUGUUAGAUACAGUGGAAAAACAGAACGAAGCAGUAGAAUUGUUCAACUCACAGUGGCAGAGUGGAAAAUACCGGGAUUGCGGCAAUCCUGAGGAGAAAUAUAGCCCUUUGCAGCUGAAAUAUUUCAGCACAUUACCCAGUGAUCGAUGGCCAUUAAUCGCUCAUUGGUUUCAGUAA